CGUAGUAGGCUCUCAAGCCCCACCCAAGUGACAGUUGCUUUUUAUUUUCUGUAAUCUUUCCAACAAAUUUGGUCGCGCACAAUAAAAUUCCUCGUGACACUUUUCCCUCACCCCACCAAAAUGAAUCCCCAAGAGAGCCAAAAGCUCGAGAUGUACAUCCUGCUGUGCCAGUGUUCCCACGCCCUCAUAACGUCCCUGAUGAACGCCUCGAAGCGGUGCAGUCCGUACGUGCAGGUUGCCAUCCGGCAGCGGAUGUUCCAGCUGGCGGAGUCACUGCGGCUAUUUUUGAGCGGGACGCCCGAUCGGAGCUUGAGAGCGGGUGGUGGGCACGGUUCCCGGCUGGACCGAUCGCUGGACGUGUCGAGGGGGAGUGAGCGAGGGGCGGCCAGCAGGCAUGACGUCACGCAGGAUGAUUUGAAUGCGUCGGUGGCCACCAACCCGGAAGCCGCCCUAACCCAACCUGGCCGUUUCCCGAUGCUCCAAUCCCUUCUUAAAUCGCUGGCCAGCUCGGCGGACGAUUCCGUCCUAACGGUGGCCGUUCAUCCGUACGCGCACGUUCCAAACUUUGCCACCCAGGUGCUGCAGGAAAUGGAAGAUCUGAACCAGGUUUUCCAAUCGGACCAAACGCCCCAGGAGAUGGAAGCGGUCGUGUCGGAACGGUUGACCCGGAUGGAGGACAGUAUCAAUCACAUUUUGUUGCACUUGGAUCGGUUGGAGGAGCUGCAAAAAUAA